GGGACCAGAGGCAGCUGAGUGACCCCACCACAACCCCAGCGCCUAGUGGGGCUUUCGGUGUGACCCUGUGGGAUCAGAACUAGGAAGUUCCCCCUUGCUUACAGUUCUGCGGCUCUCCGUGAACAGAUCCACCCCAUGUGUACUGAGCCCUGGGAGUUCCGGGGGCUAGGGCUAGCUCUAGAAGGCUUGCAAGUGAGGUUGUUGGGGGUAUGUGUCUGAUGGUGUGUCUGAUAGUGUGUUUGUAGAAACUAGCCCAUCACCCAGUGCAUUCAGUAAGCCCUCAAGCAAGCUUCCUUGAAUGAAUGAGAAGGUAGGUGACUGAGGGAGCAGGGCUAGAGAGGGCAGGUCUGCUCAUCCCAUCCAGGCGUCCCCUGGGCUCAUUCAUGCAGACAAAAGUAAUUAGGUUGAGCCUUUAAUCACAACUGAUUUCACAGGCAGGAGGAUAAGGGAGAGGAAGGAAAGCAGAAAUCCUGGGGACACAGGGUGCUGGCCCUACUCACUGGCACUGCCUUCCGUCUAGGACCCCCUCCAGCCCCCACAGUUUGGCUGUUGGUAAUCUGUUUUUUUGUCUCCCUCAGGACACUGGGUUCUCUAAGAGCUGCCCCAGGCUUAAUGAUUGUCCAGAAGGCGGCUAUAAAGGGAGCCUGGGAAACUGGGUGGAGGAGGGAGCAGAAAAAGCCUAACUCAGCAGAGCUGGGCCCUGAGAGAGCCUCAAGCCGGAGCUGUGGUCAGAGGCCGGGUGACCUGGCCAGGAGGGCCUGCUCUCUGCCACCAUGGCGGCCCAGAGCUAUGGCUACUACCGCACUGUGAUCUUCUCUGCCAUGUUUGGAGGCUACAGUCUGUACUACUUCAACCGCAAGACCUUCUCCUUUGUCAUGCCUUCGCUGGUGGAGGAGAUAUCUCUGGACAAAGAUGACUUAGGGCUCAUCACCAGCAGCCAGUCAGCAGCCUAUGCCAUCAGCAAGUUUGUGAGCGGGGUGCUCUCUGACCAGAUGAGUGCUCGUUGGCUCUUCUCCUCUGGGCUGCUCCUGGUUGGUCUGGUCAACAUCGUCUUUUCCUGGAGCUCCACAGUGCCGGUCUUUGCUGCUCUCUGGUUCCUCAAUGGCCUGGCCCAGGGGCUGGGCUGGCCCCCCUGUGGGAAGGUCCUGCGGAAGUGGUUUGAGCCAUCUCAGUUUGGCACGUGGUGGGCCAUCCUGUCCACCAGCAUGAACCUGGCUGGAGGGCUGGGCCCCAUCCUGGCAACGAUCCUCGCCCAGAGCUACAGCUGGCGCAGCACACUGGCCCUGUCUGGAGCACUGUGUGUAGUUGUCUCCUUCCUCUGUCUCCUGCUCAUCCACAAUGAACCUGCUGAUGUUGGACUCCGAAACCUGGACCCCACUCCUUCCAAGGGCAAGAAGGGCUCCUUGAAGGAGGAGAGUACCCUACAGGAGCUGCUGCUCUCCCCCUACCUGUGGGUGCUCUCCACUGGCUACCUCGUGGUGUUUGGAGUAAAGACCUGCUGUACUGACUGGGGCCAGUUCUUCCUUAUCCAGGAGAAAGGACAGUCAGCCCUUGUUGGUAGCUCCUACAUGAGUGCCCUGGAGGUUGGGGGCCUCAUAGGCAGCAUUGCAGCUGGCUACCUGUCAGAUCGGGCCAUGGCAAAGGCGGGGCUGUCAGUCUAUGGGAACCCUCGCCAUGGUCUAUUGCUGUUCAUGAUGGCUGGCAUGACAGUGUCCAUGUACCUCUUCCGGGUGACUGUGACCAGUGACUCCCCCAAGAAUGCCAUCUGGACUCCAGCUCUUCACCCUCUUGCUGAGCUCACAGGCUUUACGGAGCACGAGCUCUGGAUUCUGGUGUUGGGAGCUUUGUUUGGUUUCUCCUCCUACGGUCCCAUUGCCUUGUUUGGAGUUAUAGCCAAUGAGUGCGCUCCUCCCAACUUGUGUGGAACCUCCCAUGCCAUUGUGGGGCUCAUGGCCAACGUGGGUGGCUUUCUGGCUGGGUUGCCCUUCAGCACCAUUGCCAAGCACUACAGCUGGAGCACAGCUUUCUGGGUGGCUGAAGUUAUCUGUGCAGCCAGCACAGCAGCCUUCUUCCUCCUACGAAACAUCCGCACCAAGAUGGGCAGAGUGCCCAAGAAGGCUGAGUGAAGAGAAUGCAGACUCUGGAACAUCCUCUCCCACCUGUGGCCUUGCUCCUGCACAUGAAGUGGGUGGGGGCUGCUCUAGCUAGCACUGAACCUUUGACUUACCUUUUCUGUUCCUUUUCCCUUGCCCAGGUGACACUGGAAGUUAUCAGUGGCUAAAGAGGUCACCCUAUGCCCUAUUUAAAAGACAAUCUUUGCUCUUGGGCGCCAUUAGCUCCUAUUUCCUGCCCUCAGACAGACAGGAAACUCUUCAGGCAGGGAGUCUCCGAUACCCUUAUCCCACUCCUGGGCCCUGCCCUAUCCCCACCCCCAACCGAGAAGAGUGGCCCUUCUUGCAGCUGCAGGACACCACUGACCCAGGACUUCUGCCCUAAGUCCAUUCAGCAAGAGGCAGGGGCAGCUGCUAUUGCCAACUGUAAGGCUCCAGGGGAAGAAAGGCUAUCAUUCUCACUAAUACCCUGGGUGUGAUAGGGAGUAUGGGUACAAGGGUAGGAAUACUUGUUAUAGAUUAAAACUAGAUUUGAUACU